AUGCGGUAUCAACACUGGUGUUUUACAAGCGCAUUAUUGGGUAAUGUCUUCGCCCAAUCGACAAUGUUGAUAGAUCUUCAGCAUAACCGUGUUGAGCAAGCUGAUUGCCCGCGAAGGACAGCAUGGAGCGAAUGUGCUGCACCAAUCAUAUCAUCCGACCGCUGCGUAGCCGCCGACAGGCUUAAUAAUGUCGCGUCUAUUGCAAUCGACUUAGGUUUAUGCUGCCAAUUCUUUAGUGAUGAUACAUGUAAUACGGUAUAUAAAGAUGGAGAAGGAGAAGGGCAAUGGUACCCCGGCCUAAAGGAGGUAUCUGGUACUUUUAAAGAGCAAGUGGGCAGUUACAUGUGCAAGAAUGGGACUAUUACAUCGGUUUGCCCCGGGGAAGGUGCUGGAAACUUAGUGGCUUCUAAGAAUGCGGCUACUCCCACUGCUGAUUAG